ACUAUUUUUUAUACAAUUAUAAACUGAUAACUAUUACUCUCAAGUUCUGACGACAAGAGCCUGUAUGUUCCGAACCCAGGUGUCAUGUUCUAACGAUCCUUAAAACACACACAAAUUCGCAAACUGAGCAGAAAGAACUCAACUUCAGUUUCAUUCCUCACCGAAACCUAGAAAACGGCCCACAAUUCUCCCUUAAAUCCACGCAAAACACACACAACAUGGCUGAUAAUCCAACACAAUCCUCGGCGAAACAACUACAAUCAUCAAACUCAAUCACAAUGGACCCGAACAUCAUUCCUCAACAACAAAACCAAACUCAAAUUACAUCCGCUUCAAACCUUAACAACAACAACAACAACAUUAACUCAAUUGAUCUCCCUCAACUCACACCCUCAAAUCAACAGCAACAACAAUUCAAUUUACAACAACAGCAUAGUAAUAAUAACAUGAUGGGGCCCACUUCAAGUUUUCAGAUGCAGAGAUCACCGUCAAUGUCUAGGCUACAGCAACAACAGCAGUACAGCCUCGCCGCCGCGGCCCGGCAGCAGGCCGCCGUCGCCGGAAUUUACGGGCAGAUGAGCUUCGGUGGCAAUGCUUCUCAGCAACAACAGAAUAGUAAUAAUUUAAAUAACAAUAAUCAACAGCAGCAAAUGGGUCAAAUGGGUCAAGUGGGUAAUGCUAAUUUAUCGCGGUCCGGGUUAAUGGGUGCUCAAGGUGGAAACUUGCCGAUGUUACCUGCUCAGGCAGCUGCUCAGCUCAAUUUGCAGUCACAACUUUUAGCUUCGCCAAGGCAGAAAACUGGGUUAGCACAAGCAGGGACACAAUUCCAUCCGGGAAAUUCUCCUGCACAGUCUUUGCAGGGAAUGCAAGCAAUGGGAAUGAUGGGAAAUUUUAACAUAGGCUCACAAAUCAGAGGGAACGGAUCAAUAGCAUACACACAACAGCGUCUGAACCAAGGACAAAUGAGGCAACAGUUGUCCCAGCAAAAUCAACUUAACUCAACACAGAAACUACAGGCACAAAGUCUUGGGAGGACAUCCUUUAUAAACCCUCAGUUAUCCGGGUUGGCUCAGAAUGGGCAACCAGCUUUGAUUCAGAAUACGCUGUCACAACAACAGUGGUUGAAACAGGUUCCGGCAAUGUCUGCACCUAACUCACCUUCAUACCGUCUCCAGCAUCAGAGGCAGCAACAAGCACUUCUGCAGCAGCAGCUGGCUUCAUCUUCUCAGAUGCAGCAAAAUUCUAGUGCGUUAAAUCCACAGCAGUUGUCCCAAAUGGUACAACAACAGCAACAGCAAUCAGCGGGACAGCUGCAGCUGCAGCAACAGCAGCAACCAGUACCACCAACACAACAGCAAAUUUUGCAUCAUCAACAGCAGUCUCCUAGGAUGGCAACACCUGCUGGUCAAAAAUCUUUAAGCCUUACUGGAUCACAACCAGAUGCUACUGCAUCUGGAACAACUACGCCAGGUGGGAGUUCAAGCCAAGGGACAGAGGCUAGCAAUCAACUUCUUGGGAAGAGGAGAAUACAAGAUCUGGUUUCACAGGUGGACCCACAAGCAAAGUUGGACCCUGUUGUGGAAGAUAUGCUUUUGGAGAUUGCGGAUAACUUUAUUGAUUCGGUUACUUCAUAUGCAUGCAGUUUGGCAAAGCAUCGUAAUUCUUCUACAGUGGAGUCCAAAGAUGUAUUGCUACACUUGGAAAAGAACUUAGGUUUGUCUAUUCCAGGGUACUCAAGUGAAGAGCGGAAGCACCAAGAAAAUGAUUCAUCAAGUCAUGCCCACAAAACUCGACUCGAUAAGAUACGCUCGUUAAUGGAAUCCUCAAACUCCGACACAAUCAAUGCUAACGAGGUGACUGGACAGGGGACUGGCAACUCUGUGGGUGCCAACCACCUGAUGAGGCCUUCUAGUUCAGAUCAGCUGGUUUCUCAAGUGCAGCAUCAGAUAAAAAGGUUCGGUUCGGUUGACGAGUGAAGGAACUGGGUGGUUGGCUGCAUAAAGUGUUUGACAAUGGCGGCUUUGAGCAAUUUGACAGCUCUUGCUCAGUUGUAGAAUUUUAAUAAUACCUUAGUUGAGCUGAUACUUGAGAAGUGAAAGUGUAAUUGCCUGGAUUUGGGUGCUAAAGUAACAGGGAGCUUAGUCUAUGCUCCUGUAGAUAUAAAGUAUAAAGUUGUGGGUUUUUAUAGUUAUAAUUUGCCUUUUCGGACUUAUGAUCAUACAAGAUUGCCAUGCCAA